GGAUGCCAGAGCCCGGAACUGGGCGGGGGGUUCCCAAGGCACGGGGAAGUUGAAGGCCCCGGAAUAUGGGGCCAGAGGUCUGAGGGGAGUCCCGGGGUCUGAGCAGGGCUCUGGGACUCAGGGGGAGUCGCAGGCCCCGGGAAUAGCAGGGUCCUGCCUCCCGGAGCUGAGGGACUCCAAGGCCCCGGGAGUGAGGGGCCCUGGGUGCCGGGGCUAAGGGGUCCCAGGCCCCGGAGCUGGGACAGAGCUGCUGCCAGGGAAAACCAGCUUUUCCGGGACACACGGGGCUCGGGAUUCCCUGUUCCUCUGGCUUCUCCAUCCCGGCGUCCCGCAGUGACACCGUGCCUUCCCCCGGGACAUGACCCCGCGGGGCUGGGGCAGGGAGGGGGCCGUGCAGGGAGUGCUCUGGGCAGCUCCCCCCGUGCGAGCCGCUGCCUCGGGUCCGCGUUCUUGCUGCGGUGGGAUCGCCGGCAGCGCUGCCCGGGCUCUAACAGGCCCCAGCUGAGAAAUACUUCCCUGUGUUCCCUGUGGCCUCUUGACCUGCAAACUGGGAGCAAAUACACUACAGGACAGGCAGCACUUGGAAGCUCGGUUGUUUUGCUAAAGCAGCGCUCUCGCCCCGCAGGAUGUUCCGGCUGCGCUUCCUGCCCGUGGCCGCGGGGCUGGCGGCGGUGGCGCGGCGUUACCACGGGACAGCCCCGCACCCCGGCUCCCGGCGUAGGCUCCUGGUGGCGGCUUUCCUCGGGACCUCUGCAGCCACAGCGAGCGCCAGAUUCCUUUGGCAGAGGGCCUAUGCAGAAGACUCUGUCAGACAUGGCCCGAGGGCAGAGCCAGGGGAGAAGAUGAAGCACGAGGAGGAGGAGGAGAGCAGCAGCAGCGAGGGCAGGAGGGCAGUGGCGGCGGGCGAUGGGGAGGCGCCGCCGGAAGGGAAGAAGAAGAAGCGCUCCGGGUUCAGGGACCGCAAGGUGAUGGAAUAUGAGAACAGGAUCAGAGCCUACUCCACACCAGACAAAAUCUUCAGAUACUUUGCCACGCUGAAGGUCAUCAACGAGCACGGCGAGUCCGAGGUGUUCAUGACCCCGCAGGACUUUGUGAGAUCCAUCACCCCCAACGAGAAGCAGCCAGAGAACCUGGGCCUGGACCAGUUCAUAGUGAAACGCUACGAUGGGAAGACAGAGAAGCUGUCCCAGGAGAGGGAGAAGUUUGCUGACGAGGACAGCAUUUUCUACGCGCUCGGAGAAUGCGGACUCAUCUCUUUCUCCGACUACAUCUUCCUCACCACCGUCCUUUCCACUCCCCAGAGGAAUUUUGAAAUCGCCUUUAAGAUGUUUGAUCUGAACGGUGACGGCGAGGUGGACAUGGAGGAGUUUGAGCAGGUGCAGAGCAUCAUCCGCUCCCAGACCAGCAUGGGCAUGCGCCACCGGGACCGCUCCACCACCGGCAACACCCUCAAAACCGGCUUCAACUCUGCCCUCACCACCUACUUCUUCGGGGCUGACCUGAAGGGAAAGCUCACCAUUUCCCACUUCCUGGACUUCCAGCGCAAGCUGCAGCACGACAUUCUGAAGCUUGAGUUCGAGCGGCACGACCCGGUGGACGGGCGGAUCACGGAGCGGCAGUUUGGGAGCAUGCUGCUGGCUUACAGCGGGGUGCAGUCCAAGAAGCUCACUGUCAUGCUCAAACAGCUCAAGAAGCACUUCCAGGAUGGAGAGGGGCUGACUUUUGAGGAGGUGGAGAACUUCUUCACCUUUCUGAAGAACAUAAAUGAUGUGGACACAGCUUUGAGCUUCUACCACAUGGCUGGAGCUUCUCUUGAUAAAGGGAGGAACAGGAGUCUCCUGCUGAGGUGGGCACACCCUGCCCCCCGAGUGAUGCAGUGCCCUCCCUGUGUUGCAGUGACCAUGCAGCAGGUGGCCAGGACGGUGGCCAAGGUGGAGCUGUCGGACCACGUGUGCGACGUGGUGUUCGCGCUCUUCGACUGCGACGGGAACGGGGAGCUGAGCAACAAGGAGUUUGUUGCCAUCAUGAAGCAGCGCCUGAUGCGAGGCCUGGAGAAGCCCAAGGACAUGGGCUUCACACGGCUCAUGAGGGCCAUGUGGAAAUGUGCCCAGGAGACAGCAUGGGACUUCACAGCUCCCAAGCAGCAGUAGCAGGGUUGGGAAGGAGCACCCCCAUUCCCUGGAUCAGCCCAUGGGCACAGCAGGUUGGCACCAGGCUCUGGAGAGGCUGUGCCAGGAGGAUUUUGUCAAUCCAAGUUAGAAAUCCACGCCUGCUGUAUUUGCUUGCUGCUGGCUCCUCCAUCUUCCUCUCUCUCAGGAACAAGGAAAGGACUUUUACUGCCACCACCUCCGUGGCAUGGUGUGCCCUGCUCCAGAGCUGGACCCCAAAUCACCUUUAUUUAACGCUAUGAAAAAAUGGCAUGGGGGGUUCUUUUGAUUCUCAGCCUGCUCCUGGGAAAAGCCAGGCAAUUCCUGGAUUUUGUGGAUUUCAGCCAGCCAAAAGCUGCACCUGCUGCAGAAGGGCAGCUAAAAGCUCCUGCCCUUCCUGCCUUGCACCAGCAUCCUGCAGCAGGAGCUCCCCAAGUGAUUUCCUGAGUGGGGAAUUGUCCCGGGGAGGGGCUGGCAGUGGUUUGCCGGGUGCUGUCCUCUGUAAAAUACCAUGUAAAGAUCUUGCUCCCAGCA